AUGCCGCACAGUCACCACUCUCAUUCUGGGCAGUUCUGCAAGCACGCAUCGGGCACGCUGGAGGAUGUUGUCAAGGAGGCGAUCCGACAGGGUUUCGAGAUCUACGGCCUCACCGAGCACGUCCCUCGCUACCGCGUGCAGGACCUGUAUCCGGAAGAGCAAGGGAUAUCUCUCGACGCGCUUGCCGCCCAGUUCGACCACUUUCUUGACGAGGCUCAUAGGCUGAAGGCGCUGUACGGCGGUAACAUCACACUUUUAGUGGGACUGGAGACGGAGCUUAUUACCGACACGGAUGUCACGAACCUGGAGCAAUGUCUGCGGACACACGGAAACCGUAUCGAGUACCUGGUUGGGUCAGUGCAUCACGUUAAUGCGAUCCCCAUCGACUUCGAUACUGCCACAUACCGAAAGUCGCUCAACAGCUUCUUACCCAAUACUCUGGACACGGAACACCGACAGAUGGAAUCUUUCUUGUGUUCAUACUUCGAUGCUCAGUUUCAACUCAUGACACGCUUCCACCCCGAGGUCAUCGGGCAUUUCGAUUUGUGUCGGCUUUACAACCCAUCGCUCAUGUUCCAGGGUUACCCCGAGGCAUGGGCAAAAGCUGCACGAAACGUCAGGUAUGCUGUGGGUUACGGUGCGUUGUUCGAACUCAAUGCUGCCGCGCUACGGAAAAGCUGGGAUGUAGCCUAUCCGGGCGAGGAUGCUGCUACUUUAAUCAUGCAGAAUGGGGGCCGCUUUGCACUGUCAGACGACAGCCAUGGACCGCAUGCUGUUGGGCUGAACUACGACCGAAUGGCUAAUUACGCUCGACGUCUGGGAAUCAAGGAGGUAUGGACUUUGACGCCUUCUGACGAACCCAAUGCUGGGGGUCGAUUCCUGCGGCCUCGCAAACUGGAGCGGUGGGACGAACAUGAUUUUUGGAGGCGUAGGGGUACUUUUGGUGUAUAA